AAAACGCAUACUAAAAACGUUACUCAAAUCGCUGAUCAUAACGGUUAAAUCCUUUUUCUCUUUGAACUCGAUCUUAAUUAGAUUUUAAGCUUUUAAAAGAACAAUCUUUGCGUAAUUUUGUUAAUGAGUAUGGAGACGAAGGCGCCGGCGAGGACGACCCUGUUAAAGCAGUCGUCGUUAGCUCCGGAUCGGCAGCGGAAGGAGGCGGAGCUGAUUGACGGCGAAGACGACGGCGGGAACAUCAAGCCGGAGGUGAGUUUGAUGUACUUGGCCAAUGAGCGUGACUUGGAAGGCAUCAACGAGCUCUUAGAUUCCGGCAUCGAUGUAAAUUUUCGUGAUAUUGAUGACCGUACGGCUCUCCACGUGGCGGCGUGCCAGGGCUUCACAGAGGUUGUCGAAUUGUUGCUCCAACGUGGUGCUGACGUGGACCCCAAAGAUCGUUGGGGCAGCUCGCCCCUUUCAGAUGCUAUAUAUUAUAAAAACCAUGAUGUGAUUCAACUUUUGGAGAAGCAUGGAGCAAAACCUCUGAUGGCUCCAAUGCAUGUCAAUCACGCCCGUGAAGUUCCGGAGUACGAAAUUGAUGCUCAUGAACUUGAUUUUACGAAUAGUGUUGAUAUUACUAAGGGGACUUUCCGUAUGGCAUCAUGGCGUGGAAUUCAAGUUGCUGUAAAAAGGCUCCCAGAGGAAGUGAUUACUGAUGAAGAUAAAGUGAGGGCAUUUAGGGAUGAGCUUGCAUUGCUUCAAAAGAUUCGACAUCCAAAUGUAGUCCAAUUUCUGGGUGCUGUAACACAAAGUAGUCCAAUGAUGAUUGUGACAGAAUAUUUACCUAAGGGAGAUCUUCGUGCAUUCUUGAAAAAAAAAGGAGCACUGAAACAAUCGACAGCUGUGAGAUUCGCACUUGAUAUUGCAAGGGGAAUGAAUUAUUUGCAUGAGAAUAAACCAGCACCAAUUAUUCACCGUGAUCUUGAACCUUCAAAUAUAUUGCGGGAUGAUUCUGGACAUCUGAAAGUUGCAGACUUUGGAGUUAGCAAGUUGCUUACAGUCAAAGAAGAUAGACCCCUAAUUUGUGAAGACGCUUCGUGUCGGUACGUGGCUCCAGAGGUUUUCAGAAAUGAAGAGUAUGAUACCAAAGUAGAUGUAUUCUCAUUUGCUUUAAUUUUACAGGAGAUGAUUGAAGGUUACCCGCCGUUUUGCAUGAAGCAAGAUGAUGAAGUACCUAAAGCAUAUGUUGCUAGAGAGCGUCCACCUUUUAAAGCUCCUGCAAAGCGUUAUGCACAUGGACUUAAAGAGUUGAUUGAAGAAUGCUGGAAUGAGAAGCCAGCUAAGCGACCGGCAUUCAGGCAAAUAAUAACAAGACUGGAAUCCAUUAAUAACAGUAUUGGUCAUAAAAGGCGUUGGAAGGUCAGAACAAUGAAAUGCUUUCAUAAUCUGGAGGCCCUUCUGAAGAAAGAUCAUUCCAGUCCUAGCAGCCGAAGUAAUUCAUCUCGUUCAACUAGGAGCAUAUGAAGAAUUGAGGAUCGAUAUUUUAUCUAUUUUGUGAGUUUGCCGAAGUUUUCCUUUUCCAAUUGGGUAGCACAAAGAUUGGUUUUCUCGGGGUGGUGGGUGGUAUAGCUUCUUAUUUCCGAAAUUCCACAUGUAUGUAGCCAAUGAAAAUUCUCAUCCAGAUUUUUAGCUUCCCCUUUGAAUUUCUGGGGUGAGGAUCAUAUUUGUACAAUGUAUUGCUUUAACAAGUUUAAAAAUUUAUAGCUCUGUACAUUAUGUGCAUAUUCGCGAUCUUGAAUUUCA